CGUCGACGAGUUGAUUAGGUUGCACUGUUGCAGCUCGGUGUCUGAUCUGAGUCUGAUCAUUUAUUCCUGAAAUAUUUUAGUGGACUCGUGUGGAUUUAAUGUGUGAUGAUAUGGAAGGGUUUACUAUUAAAAGUCGGAUUAAAAAUCUCCUGCGCUCUCCGUCAAUCAAACUCGGAAAGAAUCGAUGUCGCGUGACAGACAGUUUGUCCAGUCAGGUGACUUUGGAAAGAGUUUUAGGUAUCACAGCUUCAGGUAACAGCAGUUUAACAUGUGACCCGUGGUCAGGGACGGUGGCCUAUCCGGCCGGAUGUGUAGUGGUGUUACUGAACCCCUCCAAAACCACACAACAGCAUCUCAUCAGUUCAUCCAGGAAAACCAUUACAGCCUUGUCCUUCUCUUCAGAUGGUAAAUAUUUGGUCACAGGAGAGUGUGGAUAUCUGCCUGCUGUGCGCGUUUGGGACGUGGAGGGCAGAACGCAGGUGGCCGAGUUACAGGAGCACAAAUACGGCGUGUCCUGUGUGACGUUUUCUCCCGACAGCAAAUACAUCGUCAGCGUGGGCUCUCAGCACGACAUGAGCGUCAACGUUUGGCUCUGGAAGAGAAACUCACUGGUGGCCACAAACAAAGUGUCCAGUAAAGUGACGGCGGUGGCGUUCUCUGAUGACAGCUCAUAUUUUGUCACCGCUGGAAACCGACACGUUCGAUUCUGGUACCUGGAACCUUCUCUCCUUAACAAGUUUUCGUCCACCGUCCCGCUGAUGGGGCGCUCGGGUCUCCUCGGAGAUCUUCAGAACAACUUCUUCUGUGAUGUGGCGUGUGGUCAUGGGCAGAAGUCUGAGAGUACGUUCUGUGUCACCUCAUCAGGUCUGUUGUGUGAGUUUAAUAGCAGGAGGAUUCUGGAGAAAUGGGUCGAUUUAAAGACGAGCUCAGCCGCGUCUCUGUCUGUGACUGAAGAUCUGAUCUUCUGUGCGUGUGCUAAUGGAACCGUGCGAGUCUUCAGCCCGUCUGAUCUGAGCUUCCUCUGCACGCUACCACGUCCACAUCACCUGGGUGUCGCUGUUUCUCAGACGAGGAAGCCGGAUCCUCGGUAUCCAGACUCCGUGGCGGUGACCUAUGACCCUGUUAACCGCUGGCUGUCGUGCGUGUAUAACGAUCACAGCUUGUACGUGUGGGACACGCAAGAUCUGCAGAAAGUGGGCAAAGUUUAUUUUGCUCUGUAUCACUCGGCGUGCAUCCGAGACCUGCAGAUGUUUCCUACAGACACGGACGGCUCAAAAGCAGUGCCCGGUUCCUCCGGAUUGUUCUUUAGCUGUUCGGCGGACGGCACAGUCCGGAUGUGGAGCUUGGAGAGCGUUUCCAGCGGCAGUUUGUUAAGCAAAGAUCUUCAUGAAAUCAUCUACAUAGACGACGCCCUGCUGGAUAUUGAGGGAACUGCAGUUAGUAGUUCAGAGAAAAGUGAGGGAGAGAGCAGAAACUCUUUUAGUACCAUCUGUGUCAGUCCAGAUGCCCGACACCUGGCGUCAGGGGACAGGACCGGCACGCUCCGGGUUCAUGACUUGACCUGUAUGAAGGAGAUUGUCAAAGCUGAUGUGCACGAGUCUGAGAUCAGGUGUCUGGAGUACUCUAAACCUCACACAGGCAUGAAUCUUCUGGUGACAGCGAGUCGAGAUGGUUUAAUCCAUGUGUUGGAUGUAGAUAAAGGUUACAGUCUGAUUCAGACACUGGACCAUCACACUUCAUGUGUCACUGCUGUGAACUUCACCGUGAAUGAUGGAGAAGUCAAGCUGAUCAGUUGUGGAUCAAAUAAGAGUUUGUACUUUCACACGGCUCAUAAAACUGUCAGAGGGACAGAAUUCCUGCAGACACAUCAUGUACUUCUGAAAACAACUUCCUGUGACAUGACUGUUGAUCCUAACGGCCGAUAUACUGCUGUCAGCUGUCAGGACAGAAGCAUCAGAGUGUUCAACAUAAGCAGUGGGAAACAGAAGAGAUCUUAUAAAGGCUCUGAAAGAGAUGAUGGCAGUCUGCUUAAGAUUGAGAUGGACCCGUCUGGUGUGUAUGUGGCCACCAGCUGCUCUGAUAAAAGCAUCGCUCUCUUUGACUUCAGGACAGGUGAAUGUUUAGCAUCAGUCUUCGGUCAUUCAGAUAUCAUCAGCAGUUUGACGUUCACCGAUGACUGUAGACAUCUGAUCUCCGCCUCAGGUGACAGUUGUAUCAUUGUAUGGCGACUCUGUCCUGAACUGACCGUGAACAUGAGAGAACAUCUGUGUCGGCGCAAAGGCGGUCAUACCGUUAAAAAUCAUCCGUUCAGACGCUUGUCUGGUUUUACAUUAAAUGCAUCGUCGUCUACUGUGAGUUGCUACUCUGAAGAUGAGGAGGAUGAUGAUGAAGAAUAUAAGGGUCACCAGAACACCAGUCUGCAUUUGUCAGAGGGCAGUGUUAAGAAAGAGUCUGGUGAGAAACAUCUCUAAACUAAACUAAACAAA